CUAAACAAUUAUAUAUCAGGAGAGCAUAUUUUCUGCUGUAACUUUCAAAUUUCACAUCUGUUGUCCUACCUCAUUCUGGUGUCUCUCCCCCCUACCAAACUACCUCAAGAUGGUCCACCAGUACUGGCUGUUAGCACUACCCAUCCUGGUGCUGGAUGCUGCACAAGGCGUUGUUGCAAUUCCCGGAAGUCACGCAGGGAAAUCGUACCCAUCGUCUCCUGGAGUGCAUGUUCUGCCUCUGAUUGAAGAUAAUUCGGAUGACUAUCAUUCAUGGAUUGCUGAAGUUGCAGCUGGCACUCCCUCCCAGAAAAUGAAGCUGAAUUUGGACAUAGCCAAAUCGACAACAUGGUUUAUUUCCGAUAAGACCUUUGCGGAAUGCGAUGGCUGCAAUGAUGGAUACUACCAACUCAACAAAUCCAAGACUUCGUCCCCAAUUCUGGGCCAUACUGCAGUCUCCUAUGGCGAUCCAACGACAUAUCCGCCAAGUAACCAGACCUUUCAUCUUGAUUUUCAUAAGGACAUAUUUAAUAUUGCCGGCGUUAGCAUUCCUAAACAAGUCUUUGGUCUUUUCAACCCCUCCAAGGAUGAGUUCUCCGGAAUUGGUGGGCUUGCACUUGGCCCCAAUAUGGAACAUGGAUAUGCGCCGGGGAAGAUAUACAGCUCGUUCUUGGAUAGCCUCGUUGCCAACAAAAAGAUUGCCAGCCGUACUUACAGUGUUGACCUACACGAGCACGGCUCCAAGCCAGCUUCAAUUAUUCUUGGUGGCAUUGACACGGGUAAAUUCAAGGGCAAACUUGUGAAAAGGCCGCUGGUGAAGGAUGAGCUUGGCACAUUUGGACCUUCAAUUGUUCUCACAGGCCUCCGCCAGACUGUCCCUAAAGGAAAGAACCACGCUAGUGAAGUGACAAGCUACGAAGUUCACAAGAACGACUCGGUUUUCCUCCUCGACAGCUCGAAUCAGUACCUCCGAUUCCGCCAUUCCUUUGUCGAUCCUCUUUACAAGACUCUCGGCGCGGUGAAUGACGGAAAUGACGCCUAUUUCGUGCCUUGCGAGAAGCGUAACAUGCCUGGUAGUUGGGACUUCCAAUUCGGCGAUGUCACGAUCAAGAUACCUUACAACAAGAUCAUCACCACGCAGUCAGCUGAUAAGGGCAAGACUUGUUGGGUCGGUGUUUUGACCACUUGGAAAGGACAGCUAGUCCUUGGACAACCUUUCUUGGAAGCCGCCUAUCUUGCCUUCGAUCUCGACAACAAACAGGUUGCACUUGCUCCACCAGCCAACUGUGGUGAAAAGCUAGUUGCAUUUGGUUCCGGACCUAAUGCUAUUCCGAAUCUGAAAGGUUGUUAAGCUAUAGAUUCAGGUAACGGCUGAAAAUGGCGCACUAUCCUGAAUUAAAGCUGGAUCCUCAUAUACUUGGUCCUAUAUAGUUGUAGAAAUUCACUUCGUAUAAUCCCAAUCUAACUUUCUCCGACCCAAACAAUGUACCUAGUUGCAAUCUAUACCUCUCUUC